CUUGAGUCAGUAUUUUUGUUUUCAAUGCAAAAACUAGAAAAAACUAGACAAACAAACACGAUUUAUUUGAUUUUAAAUUAAGUUUGAACAGUGAAAUGUGUAGGUUAUAAAUAUUAUUAUUGUAAAAAGGACGAAAUCUGGACUAAAUCUUCCAAAAUGAAUUCCCCUUAUGUGUCAGAAAAUGGACCAGCAACUUUUGAAGAAGCUAUUAGAAAUACUGGAUUUGGGAAAUUUAACGUAAUGCUUGUUGCAUGUUGUACAUGUGGCAUUUUCUCACCUUUAUUUGAAACGACAACAAUGUCUUAUAUUUUUGCUCCAGCUCAUUGUGAUUUGGAAUUGACUUUGCAGGACAAAGGAUAUUUAAAUUCAGCUUGUUAUGCAGGAAUGAUUACAAGUUCUUUUAUAUGGGGAUUUCUAAUUGACAUGUUCGGAAGGCGGAAACUUAUGAUUUUUGGUUACUUUUUGGAUGCUACAUUUGUUUUAUUAAGCGGAUUCUCUCAAAGCUUCACGAUGUUGUUGAUCUGCAAAUUUUUUGGUGGUCUCAUUAUUAAUGGUCCAUUUUCCGCCAUGCCAGCGUAUCUGAGCGAGUUUCACUCUUCGAAUUAUAGAUCAAGAAUUCAAGUGGUAAACGGAACAAUGACGAAUAUAGCGCAAAUUUUAUUGCCCCUUCUGGCCUGGGGAAUAAUGCCACUUCAAAUCGAGUGGUCUUUAUUUGGAGGAUAUUUAAAAAUACAUUCUUGGAAUAUCUUUCUACUGAUUACGAGUUUGGGUCCGAUAAUGAGUGGCAUAAUGUUUAUAUUCCUUCCGGAAAGUCCCAAAUUUUUAAUGGCGAUUGGAGAAAAUGAAAAGGCGAUGAUGGUUUUGAAAAAAGUUUACAAAUACAAUACAGGAGAUUCUUCUGACAUGUAUCCGGUACUACAGUUAAUUCAAGAAAUACAAGAAAACAAUAAUGACAAAGUAGAAUCAAAACCAAAUCCAAUGACAGCAUUUAAAAACGGAAUAAAUAAAUUACGCCCUCUUUUUAAGUCUCCAUUUUUAUUAAAGUUUAUUUUAUUGACAACAAUAGAAAUUACGUGUAUGUCUAGCUUAAAUAUGUUACGAUUAUGGAUGCCACAAUUAUUUCAAGCUAUGGAAGAUUAUAAAAUUAACCAUAAUGGUUCUACUGCAAACUUAUGUACAAUGUUAGAGGUUCUCAAGCCCGUGUCUUCUGAAACCAGUUGCACAACUAAUGUAGCUGAACCAGGAGUUUACAUUAACUCAAUAAUAGUAGCAGCAUUUGGAAUUGCACUUUACGUAUUAACAGGGACUAUAAUAAAUUUUCUUGGAAAGAAGAAAGUUUUAAUUACUUACCUAGGAUUGGGAUCGGCUUCUUGCAUUUCCUUGUUCUUUUCCAAAGGCACCGUUAUAACAACGUUACUUGCAGCUAUUUUUAUUGCCUCUGGUAAUGUGUGUUGUUAUGUUUGUGUGGCAGUAAUCGUUGACGUCUUUCCAACAUCUUUAAGAGCAUUUACGUUAUCUUUAGUAAUGGCGACUGCAAGAAUAGGAAUUCUGAUUGGAAAUAUUCUGUUUCCUAUGCUGUUGGAAAUGGGUUGUGCACCACCGUUUUUUGUUGUUGGUUUCAUUAUGGCAGUUGGCUGUUUUCUCUGCUUUCUACUACCCAAUACGGAAAAUAAGGCUCUAAAGUGACAUAUUUGAUUGGAAUUUUAACAAAAAAGCUGUAAAUAUCUUAAUUUCUAUGUAAUUUUAAAUGUAAGUUGUAUUGUUG